AUGACGGGUGAACCGCUCACAAAGGUCGACUCCGCCGUCGAAGGUCUCUCUUCAUCGCCGCCCAAAGGAAAGGGACAUCGCCGACAGAGCUCCAGCGCACCUGGAGUGUGGAACAUCAAUGAUCUCGAGGCAUCCGGGAUCGAGCUAGAGCUCGAGAUCGAGACGCAACGGACAGGAUGGAAAAUCAACACGAGCCCUUCCACAGUGGAGGAUCAGUCGAUCCUCAAGCUGCCGCUCUCCAAACCCCCCGUCAAGAAGAUUGACCUACACUUCCCUCUCGGACUGGAAGUGACGGCGCGGAAUAUGAAGGGCGUCACCAUCAAGGAUGCCCUCGAUGCUAUCCACAAGGCAUACAGGAAGAGGUCGGACGAUGAGCUAGAUGACCCCUACCUCAAGGGGUUCGAGUGGGACAAGGACGAGUCGUGGACGCGACUGAUCGUCCAUUGCCAGAAGCAGCCCACACCCACCUCGUUCGGCUCGUCAGCCGCCAACGGCGGCGGUGGUAAGAAGAAGAAGAAGGCAGCCAAGGCUGAGCAGUAG